AUGAAUGCCCCUGACCGUUAUGAAUCAUUCGUCCUUGCGAAUGGCGAGAACAAAGUUGAGAUGGAAAUUGAUACACGUAUUCCCUCCUCUGCCAUCUUCACUUUCAAUAAGGAAGACCAUACUCUCGGAAACCUAAUUCGCUCCCGCCUUCUCCAGAGCUCCCAUGUGCUCUUUGCUGCGUACAAGGUUCCACAUCCACUUGUGCCAAAGUUCGAACUCCGUGUACAGACCGAUGGUGAGAUCACCCCUAAGGAAGCCGUCAUUGCUGCAUGCCACGAACUCGUUCGAGACCUGGGCAUCUUAUCACGUGAAUUCACCAAGGAGUAUGAACUCCGCAAGAUGGUGGGAGCCACUCAGCAGCAACAGGACGGUGUACAGGAUGGAGCCUAG